ACCUCCUGUAACUCACUGCACCAGUCCCAAUGAAGGUGAACGCGCAUUACGUUCUCUGUUUACCUGAGGCACCUGUACUCUUGUGUUAUUAACACACACAUUUACGUUUGCCCUCCGGCCGAGAGAGGACGGAAACUCAACCGCUACAAGGAUGAAUGGACUGCAUGUGCUGUCCCUGCUCCUCUGGCUGUGUGCCGUGUACUUUGUGGGCAUCUACCUCUUCGUGGGUGGCUUCCUGCUGGUGAGGCUGGAGGUGAACAGGACCAGCACCUGCGGAGACGCGUUGUACCCCGGAGAGAAGCCGGUGGAUUUCUGCCGCGCCCAGCCGAGAUUCCGUCGGGCUGUCGUCCUCAUCAUCGACGCCCUGAAGGUAGACUUCGCCCGCUUUGACCCCAGCAACACGGCGCCACGACCCUAUGAAAACAAGCUGCCUGUGCUGGAGGAGAACGUCUCAUCCAAGCCUCUCCAAAGCCGCCUGUACCCCUUCCGAGCAGACCCACCCACGACCACGAUGCAGAGAAUCAAGGGCUUCACAACCGGGUCCUUGCCGACCUUUGUGGAUGUGGGUAACAAUUUUGCAUCUAGUGCCAUCUUGGAGGACAAUCUGAUUCACCAGUUUGGGCAAACGGGCAAACGGGUGGUGUUCAUGGGCGACGACACUUGGGAGAAUCUCUUUCCUAAGAAGUUCUACCGCUCUCUGCCCUUUCCUUCUUUCAACGUAAAGGAUCUGCACACUGUGGAUGAUGGGAUCCUGCAGCACCUUUACACAACCAUGGUGGGUGAUGAUUGGGACGUCCUGGUUGCCCAUUUUCUUGGGGUGGAUCACUGUGGUCACAGGUUUGGCCCCGACCAUCCCGCUAUGGCUGACAAGCUCACCCAGAUGGAUGAUGUCAUCAGGUCUGUGAUUGAUCGCCUGCAGAAUGACACUCUCUUGGUGGURAUGGGAGAUCACGGGAUGACUGAUACCGGAGAUCACGGGGGAGAAAGUCAAAAGGAAACGGACGCUGCUCUCUUCCUUUACAGUCCUUCCCCUAUUUUUCAAGCACCACURUCUCAGAACGAACCAGAUGUGGUYCCACAGACGGACCUAGUGCCCACCYUGGCUCUGUUGUUGGGAAUCCCGAUCCCGUACAGCAGUGUGGGGCAGGUGCUGCUGCCUCUGUUCCCCCUGCAUGGGCAGACAGAAGGUGCAGUUGGAGGUCUCAGCCAGCUGGAGGCGCUGUGGAUCAACRCAAAACAGGUUAACCGUUUCCUGGAGACGUAUUCUAGUAUGGCCAAAGAUAUCCCACCAGARAGCCUCUCACAGCUGAAGGAGGAAUUUGCCCGUCUCUCCUCUGAGUACCUCACUUCUGUUAAAGAGGGUCGAUCACCCUCCCCGCACCUGGCCUCUUCUCUGCAGGCCUACCUCACCUCUGUCAGAGACACCUGCCGAGCUACCUGGGCUCGAUUCAACCCGCUAAAGAUGGCAGCAGGGUUAGCCGUCCUGGCGUCUGCCUGCCUCAUGUGUUUCACAGCGUCGGAACUCUCCCUGCCGCUGAUACGGGAAAGCGCUUCAGGAUUGAGGGCUCCGGUUGCGGCGGCGGUAACGGCGGGAGUUUGUGCGGCCGCCGCUCAGCUGCUCAYGCGGGGCUACGUCGAGGCAGCGUGGUGCCUGGCGGCCGGCGCCCUCGGCUCCGAAAUCCCCUUCUUCUGGAGAGCGCGUCGGCUCAAAGCCCCCGCGGCGUCGAAGAACGGCGCUAAAGCAUCAAAACUCUGGAGGUGGUUGACCCCACGUCGCCUCCUCGUCCCGCCUCUCGUGGUGCCGCUCCUACGGUGUGCGGCCUUGCUCUCUGAUAGCUAUGUGAUUGCCGAAGGCCGCGUUGUAACUUUUCUAGUUUUCUCUCUGAUCCUCUAUAUCCCCAUCCAUCUCAACUGGAAAUAUUUGCUUCUGCCCCAAAGCCUUGACCCUCUGAAGUCUGCCGGGUUGGUACCUUCCCCAGUCUUGUCCCCGCCAGCAKUAAGGAAAGAAAACAACACUGUCCUUAUUUGCUUUGUAGUCCUUAUUGGCAGCAUGUACCUUUCCCUCUCCUUUCACGGCUGCCGAGAAGAGCAGGGCUUUUGCCAGCCGUCUCCAUUCCUUUCUCCACUUUCACGGUUGCAGGACAGCCAGCUGAAGAACCUGUACUACAUUCUCUCUGUCAUCGCUCUUGGCAUUUGUACGUAUCUGCUGAGGCAYUGCCUGUGCCACUACGGUAAUCUCAACUCCUCGAGCGGGACUGCGUUCACGGCUCAUUGGGUCCUACCCCUGUUGUCUGUGUGCCUGGCGCUGCACUGGGCAGUCAGCGCCACUCCAGAGGACAGCUUCAGGAAGCUGGCCGAGCUGAUCCGGRUGGCGCAGCUGGCCUUCCCGAGGGCCGCCUUCUGUCUUCUGGGACUCGGCCUGGGUCUGAUCUGGCUGGAUCCCGUCACCGUGUUCGUGAAGAGCAGGGCCACAGCUUCGUCCAGGAGUUCGACCGUACCCCCGCCCCGCUAUCGAGCAAGCACCGGCAUCAGCCCCCAAGCCGAACURCGCCAUCUGAUCCCCCAGAUCUACCAGCGCAUGCGUCACUCCCUGGACUCCGUGGAGCUCAGCGGAGGCACCGAGGCAGACAACCGUCCCACUGUGGAGGCCUACGGACUGGGAACAGUCUACUCCGCCCCCGUGCUGCUGUUCUGUGGCAUGCUGGGAAUUGGACUGCUGCUGCUGCAUCCAGAGGGCAUGGCUCUGUCUUUCCUUCUGCUGCUGCUAGAAAUGGGAGCUCUGUUACACAUUCAUGCCUCCUCCACAACUCUUAGUGGCAUGCAUAGCGCUCACUCUGGUGAUUUUACCGUGCCCUGGACUCCUAUAGUGGCGUGGUCACUAGCUGCCACACAGUUCUUCCACGCCACCGGUCACCUGCCCACCUUUCCUUCCAUUCAGUGGGGCGCUGCCUUUGUGGGAUUUCCUGAUGGACAUACAGGCACCGUAUUACCUGCUUUACUGGUUACCCUCAACACCUUUGCUUCACAUAUUCUAUUUGCAGUGGGUUGUCCAUUGUUGCUCUUUUGGCCCCUGGUGCGUGAGGUGCGUGGGAGCAGAAGUGGGGAGGAAGGAGAGGACGCUGUGAUGGAAAUGAGGCUUAGAGAAAACCCUCAGAAGUUCAGCUCUGCUCUUCUGCAACUCUCAACGCGCUACCUCUUUAUUCUUGGAGCACAGGUCUUCUCAUCAGUUUGUGCUGCUGCUAUUCUCAGAAGACACUUAAUGGUGUGGAAGGUUUUUGCACCCAAGUUAAUGUUUGAAGCUUUGGGGUUCCUGGUGAGCAGCACAUCCCUGCUGAUCGGAGUCACGUUAGUGCUGAGAGUGGACGUGGCCGUGGGUCGCUGGUUUAAAAGACUCAUCCCUGAUGCAUCCAGGUAGCAACGAUGUUGCUGCUAAUUUUUAUUUUUUAUAUAUAUUUUUACUGGAAUCCACCAGAAUUGUAUCUGUGCCACUAAAAACUCCUAAAUAUGACCGGGAUGAAUGAAACAAAAUAAAAAGAAAAUUGAUUGUCAUGGUUGAUGAUCAAACACUGAAAUCCUGUGUACUGCAGGACUGUAUUAAAGUGUUUAAAAUACAGUUUUUCAUGCAUCACAAAUGUUGAGCUGUCAAAGUUUUUUUCUUUUUUUUUUGUGCGAGUUACAUAUAAUUGAGCAUUUAAUGAAUAUUUUCUCAUAUUGUCUAACUUAUGAAGGAAACCUGUCUGAGCCAGCUGGGUUUGCAUGUAGUGAAAACUGCAAAAGUCUCAAACACUCCAGUGCCAGCUAGGAGUGUAAAUCACCAGCUUUAUCACGAUACGAUAUUACAUCGACAUGUUUGGAUGACAAUUCCAUAUUUCUCGAUAUCACAAAGUCUGUCACGAAACGAUUUCGAUUUAAUUCAAUUCACGUCUGCAGUUGAUAUAACACGAUAUCAUAUGCCCAUCUAACACAAUGAAUGUGUUAGAUGGGCGGAUGAUAUCAAUUCACAUUGAGCAUAUGAUGACGAUAUAGAUCGAUAUUUUCAUUUUGCCUCGAUAUAGCUGAAUCAUGAACCAUUCAAAUCGAUAUAGAUCGCUGUAUCGUUACACCCCUAGUGCCAACCUUGGAUAUGCCUCAGAAAUAAGUAGGUGUGUUCAAACUUUUGAUUGAAGGUACUUAUUGCAAACUUUGAAAUCAAACAUAAAAAAGAUUGUGCAGUUUGAACGAGUAGUUUUUUUUCCACAUACAAUGAUAAGUAAUUCUGAAUUGUGAGUUCACAUUCAGUGUAAAGGCCCUGUCACACUAUAAUGUUUUUGACAAUUUGUGCUAACUUGUGAAAAAUUUAAAGACCUGAAAAUUGAAGAUGGAAUUAAAAAGAUCAACUAGAAACCUCUUUUAGGUGUGUACAUAAUGUAUAAUGAACAAAUUGAUCAAAUGUAUUACUUUUAUAAGUUGGCAUAAGUUGUGUAAAAUGUUAUAGUGAAAGGGCCUAAUAAGACUAACAAAAACUAAUAUAUCAAAUUUUUGGAAUUUCUUGAUCCCACGUGCAUCUUUUAUGGACGGCAACAUAGAAGUACACAGUUGUUGGCAGUCAUUUAUAAAUUUAGCUUAGAACUGGUAGAAGUAAGGACAGAUUAACCAUUGAUAUGAGAAAAAACUGCAGAUUUAUAACUUUACAAUGAGUAUGUUUUUAAUGUUAUCCUUUUGGUUGAAGCACUACUUGCCUGCCACAGUUGUAUAAAAAAUGUCCACCUUUAAAUCAACUAAAUCUGUAAUGUUUUUUAUGGGGCUUUCAACUUUUUGCAUUAUAUUUGAUUAUAAAUGCAAUGUCAUCAAACUUUCUUGCAGGUCAAAAAAUAUUGUCAGAAAACAAAUUAUUAAAACUGCAAUAUUUUCUAUUCCACAUUCAUUUCCAGGUCAGUUUUUAAGUAGAUUUCCUUCAUUUAGUGAACACUUAACAACCUGAUUGACACAAGCCUGCAGAAUGAACUUUUAAAAUAUUUUUUGUAAUAUAUUUUGUUUUAUAACCAGUGUUUCUGGGUACUGCCAAUACACGUAACUGCCAUAAGAGGUGCCUUGUUUUUGUUUUGUUUUCCCCCACACUGUGGCCCUAAUCCUCCUCUGUAUUAUUCAGUUGAUUUAUUUCUGCAGCACAUUUAAGUUGGUAUCUGGUAAAAUAUCAGAGUGCAGUGCAGCUGUGGUCAGCAGCUUAAACUCAUUAGCUAAUGCACAAUAUUCAAGGUGGGGUGGUGGUGGUUCUAAGCUCAGGUUGAAAUUCCUCAUGCUGCUGUAUCCAAGGGAGCAGUCAUUAAGGGCAACGUCAGCCCAGGUGAUGCUGCCGUUGUUUGUGUGAUAAUGUGACAUACUUGUUUCUGGUUUUAUUGUUUCACAUGUGAUUAAAUCAACUAAUUGUUCUUGUUUAUAUCCUGUAAAAACUAAUAAAUCUUUUCUACAUUUUGCGUUA